AUGGGUCAAGCCACUUGUGAACCUCAUUCGAGUGGGAAGCAGCCCCUGGCAAGGCUGAAAAACCUAUCUGUCAUCACCUCUGAGUUCAGUAAAAGUUUUAAGCGUUUUCAGUACUUUGUAUCAAUAUCUGAUCAUGAAGCAAAGCUGGUUGCUCUGCAGGUUGCCUUUCAAUUUGGCUGGGGAAGCGACCAGGGGAUUGGAGGGUUUGGAGAGGAACCAGGCAUUAAAGCACAGUUGAAGAACCUUAUUCGAUCAAUACGAACUGUUAUGAGAGUGCCAUUAAUAGCACUGAACUCCGUUACAAUCGUUCUCCUCCUGUUAUUUGGUUGA